AUGCAUUUAGAAAGAUUAGUGGACACGAGAUGGGCCUACUGGUACAGUUCAUUACAAAAAGUUAAAAAACGCUACUCUGAAAUCAAGGAAGUUUUAACAAUUUUAACAUUGCAAGGUGACCAAACAGCACGAGCUUCUGGUAUUAACUGUUUAUCUAAUGAACUUCAAUCUUCUUCUAUUAUAUUUUCAAAAGCUAUGGAUUUAGUUAAGUCAACUAAAGAUGACCUUCAUGCAUUACGUAAUGAUGAAAUGUAUUUAAAAAUUAGUGAAAAGUCGAUACUAUUUGAUAGUGGCAAUUCUGAUAUAACUAAAGAUAAUGAUAAUUUGAAUGUAGACAGCCGUAUAAGUAAAUGUAUAGCUGAAACUGAUGAUAGUGGCAAUUCUGAUAUAACUAAAGAUAAUGAUAAUUUGAAUGUAGACAGCCGUAUAAGUAAAUGUAUAGCUGAAACUGAUGAUAGUGGCAAUUCUGAUAUAACUAAAGAUAAUGAUAAUUUGAAUGUAGACAGCCGUAUAAGUAAAUGUAUAGCUGAAACUGAUGUAUCAGAUAUUUCUCAGUCUAAAGAUCAAAAGCCUGUACAGCCUUUAAUUAGUAUUUAUACAAGAAAUUCAGAAAAUAGAUCUUUUAGUGCAAAUUAUUAUUCAUUAUUUAAUUGGAUUGAAUACUCAGUAUCUAAUAAUGCAGUUUAUUGCUUCCCGUGUAGACAUUUUCUUUCGAGUGCACUUACACGUGGUCAACAUUUAGGAAAUUAUGUAUUUGUUAAUAAAGGUUUCAACUCAUGGUCGUAUAAAGCAAAAGCUUUUAGGAAGCAUGCAUCAAGUGAAAAUCAUAAAGCUAGUGUUGAAAAGUGGAAUCUGUACUUGGAUAUAAAACAAAAUGAUAAAUCAGUUGCUAACUUAUUAGUUCAUUCUAGAUUACAAGAAAUUAAAGAAAAUCGAGAACAUAUAUACUUUUUGCUUAAGACUACUUUAUUCUUGGGAAAACAAGGAAUACCAUUUCGUGGACAUAACGAAAAAACAAAUUCAUCAAAUAAAGGCAAUUUCAUUGAAUUACUUGAAUCAUUUGGUGACGAUAAAAUGAUAAACAAAUUACGAUCAAGGUAUGGUCAUUAUACGAGCCAUGAUUACCAAAAUGAUUUUAUACAUAUAAUUGCAUCAUCUAUAAAAAAGAACAUUUUGAGUAGCAUCAAUGAUGUUGGUGCUUAUGCUGUAUUGGUGGAUGAAACAAAAGAUGCAAGUAAAAAAGAACAGUUAAGUUUUUUAAUUCGAUUUGUUGAUAAAAACUUAGAUAUUCAAGAAAAAACUUUAGGAUGUUACCACAUGAAAAGAUGUGAUGCCCAGUCAUUAAGUGAUGCCAUCUUAAAGAUUAUUGAUGAAAAUAAAUUAGAUCGGAACCGCUGUAUAGCUCAAUGUUAUGAUGGAGCAUCAGUGAUGAGCGGUGCCUUUUCUGGUGUCCAAACCAGAAUAGCCAAUGUCAUUCCACAGGCCAUAUAUGUACACUGUCACGCUCACCGUCUUAACCUCUGUUUAGUAAAUUCAAUUCAAGGUGUUAAAGCUGUAGUAGAUUUUUUUGAUACAGUUCAGGGCUUAUAUACAUUUUUAAUGAAUGGACAUACAAGGUAUGAACAAUUUAUUCAAAUUCAAAAAGACAAAAAAAUUCAAGUAAUGCAUUUAGAAAGAUUAGUGGACACGAGAUGGGCCUACUGGUACAGUUCAUUACAAAAAGUUAAAAAACGCUACUCUGAAAUCAAGGAAGUUUUAACAAUUUUAACAUUGCAAGGUGACCAAACAGCACGAGCUUCUGGUAUUAACUGUUUAUCUAAUGAACUUCAAUCUUCUUCUAUUAUAUUUUCAAAAGCUAUGGAUUUAGUUAAGUCAACUAAAGAUGACCUUCAUGCAUUACGUAAUGAUGAAAUGUAUUUAAAAAUUAGUGAAAAGUCGAUACUAUUUGCGAGUAAAAACGGAUUGAACAAUCAAGAAUAUCAGUUGAAACAUAAACGCUUUCAAAGAAACUUAGUACUUAAUAAACAUCUAAAUGACUAUUAUGUAAACUCAACACUUGGUAAAACAAAUGAACUUGAGAGUAGAGACAAUAUCAAGUCUAAAGUUUAUUUCACUAUAAUCGACAGGUUUGAAUCACAAUUAGAGAUGAGAUUUUCUGAAAAAAAUAAAGAAUUAUUCAAGAUCUUUGAAAUUUUCGAUUAUUCUAGUCCUUAUUACUUUAAUACAAAGUGUCCAUACUUGAAGUUUUUUAUCGAGCACUACAAACAUUUUCAAAUAAAUAUAUUAAAUCUAUCAUCAGAAUUUAAUUCAGCAAAAUCAUUGUUAAAAAAUAAAGAUAUUUUAAAACCAGAUUUGUAUUCUAUAAUGAAUACUCUGACUCUUCACUCUGGAGCUUUUAUUGAAACAAUAAAAAUUCUUCACAUUAUUAUUACGCUUCCAAUAAGCACAGCAUCUAAUGAAAGGUUCUUUUCUUCUCUUAAAAGAUUGAAAUCCUACAUUAGAACUACUAUGAGCGAUGAUCGUUUGAGUGAUUUAAUGGUAAUUGCUGUAGAAAAAGAAGAUGCUGGCAAAGUUAACUUAAAUGCAGCAGUAGAUGAAUUUGCUCAACUGAAAGUUCGAAGAUACAAACUUAUUUAA